GACAAGAAGAGCUGGGGUUACGAUGAAGAAGAUAAGGACUACGGUUACGACAAGAAGGAUAGCAAGAAGAGCUGGGGUGAAGAAAAAGAUAGGGACUACGGCUACGGUGGAGAAAAGGACUACGGCUACGGUGAAGAAAAGGACUACGGCUACGGUAACAAGGGUGGCAAGAAGAGCUGGGGCUAUGAAGAAGAAAAGGACUAUGGCUACGGUGAAGAAAAAGAAUACGGCUACGGUAACAAGGGUGGCAAGAAGAGCUGGGGCUAUGAAGAAGAAAAGGACUAUGGCUAUGGUAAAGAGAAGGACUAUGGUUACCACAAGGGAGGUGAAAGCCAUGCCAGCAAGUCUUGGGGUGAAGACUACAAAGACAACAAGUAUGGUAAGGGUGCCAGCGAAUGGAGCCACAAGGACUAUGCUAGCAAGAGCUGGAGUAAUGAUAAGAGCGCCAAGACUUGGGGUCACGAUGACAAGGAAGGCUAUACAUCUGACUCUGAUAACAAGUCGAGCAAGCACAAGAAAGGAAAGAAGAAUUCCAAGGUUAUGUUCAUCUGGCACAACGCUGCACCCGCAGAAGGCGUUGCACCCACAGAAGGCGUUGCACCCACAGAAGGCGUUGCACCCACAGAAGGCGUUGCACCUCUCGUAACUCUCACUGUUUCCUCUGGUACAAGCACUGUCUUACAGGUCGCUCAAGAAACUGCGUAAGUUUUUAUUUUUAUUUUGUUAAGAAUUUCAAUCUGAACUCAUUCUCUUUAUAGUGAAGUUAUCGUUACUCAAACUGAGGUUGCCACUCGUCUUCUCGGUUCUGACUUCUUGACUGUUGCCUAAUUUAUUUCUUACUAGAAGAUUAUCAUUUAUUUAUUGAAAUCAGCUUUUAUUUAUUUCAUUAAAAAAGUUACAAAUUUGAAUAAAGUAUCUACAUUAAAACCUUAUCAUCGCAAUUAU